AUGGCCCCCGGCACGGCGGUCCGCCAGACCUGCUGCUGCUUCAACGUCCGCAUCGCCACCACCGCCCUGGCCAUCUACCAUGUGAUCAUGAGUGUCCUGCUGUUCAUCGAGCACGCCGUGGAGGUGGCCCACGGCAAAGCCUCCUGCAAAGUCUCCCAGAUGGGCUACCUCAGGAUCGCUGACCUGAUCUCCAGCUUCCUGCUCAUCACCAUGCUCUUUGUCAUCAGCCUGAGCCUGCUGGUCGGCGUGGUAAAGAACCGGGAGAAGUACCUGCUGCCCUUCAUGUCCCUGCAAAUCAUGGACUACCUGCUGUGCCUGUUCACCUUGCUGGGCUCCUACGUGGAGCUGCCUGCCUAUCUCAAGUUUGCUUCCCGGAGCCGGGCUCACUCCUCCAAGGUCCCGGUGUUAACCCUGCAGCUGCUGGACUUCUGCCUGAGCAUCCUGACCCUCUGCAGCUCCUACAUGGAAGUGCCCACCUAUCUCAACUUCAACUCCAUGAACCACAUGAAUUACCUGCCCAGCCAGAAGGAGAUGGCUUAUAACCAGUUCGUCAAGAUGAUGAUCAUCUUCUCCGUCGCCUUCAUCGCCGUCCUCAUCCUGAAGGUCUACAUGUUCAAGUGCGUGUGGAGAUGCUACCGGCUCAUCAAGUGCAUAAACUCGGCCGAGGACAAGAGCAGCUGCAAGAUGCUGCCGAAGGUGGUCCUGCCGUCCUACGAGGAAGCCGUGUCUCUGCCAUCCAAGACGCCGGAGGGGGACCCAGCGCCUCCCCCGUACUCCGAGGUCUGA